UAUACUCCAAAAUAGUUUCCUAAAUGGGGUUAUCGUUCUCUUUGACAUGAACGGAUUUUCGUUUUGGCAUUUAUUUAAACUGAACAUACGUAUAUUACGACAUGCGUUGCGUCACCUCCAGAAAAGCGCGCCAGUCAAAAUCAAAGGAGUCCACGUGAUGAACGCCCUUCCACUCACUGACAAAAUUAAAGCUUUGCUGAAGCCCUUCUUAAACAACGAACUGUAUAAUUCUAUUUACUAUCACUCGUCCAAUUCAGACACUUUGUAUAAAUUUGUGCCGAAAGAGUGCCUGCCUGAGGAUUUUGGUGGCGAACUGCCCUCGAUUAAAAUUUUAAACGAGGAAAGUGUGCAGAACCUGUUGGACAACUACGAGUUUUAUGAAUGGCAUGAUAGCCAAAAGGUGGACGAGUCGAAGAGGCCUGUGAAACGCAAAUAGUGUUCGUGUAAAAACU